AUGGAAAAUAUUAAAAGAUUGGUAGAAAAUAAACCCUGUUGGAAAGAUUCUGAUGAAACUGCAAUAAGAGCUCCAUACACUCAUUUAGCUUUAAAGCCUGGAAAAAACUUUAGAUCUGAACUUAUAAGAUUAUUUAAUCUGUUUUAUGGUCUUUCACAAGAUCAAGUAACAAAAAUUGAGCAAUUGGUUAGCAUACUUCAUAACUCAAGCCUAUUAAUUGAUGAUAUUGAAGAUUCAUCUGAAACCAGAAGAGGUGAUGUUUCAUCUUACAUUAAAUUUGGUAUUCCGAUGACUAUAAACUCUGCUAAUUACAUGUAUUUUGCCGCCAUGCAAGUGCUACAAGACAUUGCAGAAUUCAAACAUCAUGAUAAUCAUGUAGAUGUACAUCUUUUGAAAGACUUAAUGGUUAUAUUUAAUGAAGAAAUGUUGAAUCUACAUAGAGGGCAAGGUCUUGAUAUAUUUUGGAGAGAAAAUAUUCCUGAUAUUAUUCCUGAUGAGUCUAUGUAUUUUAAUAUGGUCAUGAAUAAAACUGGCGGAUUGUUUAGAUUGACAGUAAGAAUUAUGGAAAGAUUAUGCAAGGAUUUGAAAUAUCGGAAUGGUGAAUGCACUUUGGUUCCUUUGAGUAAUCUCCUGGGAAUCUUGUAUCAAUUGAGGGACGAUUAUCAGAAUUUAACUGAUCCGAAGAUGUUUGCUGCUAAAGGAUUUGCAGAUGAUAUAUCCGAAGGGAAGUUGUCUUUCCCCAUUAUUCAUGGAUUAAAGUAUGAAUCAAUGUUGAAUAUAACGAAUAAUACUGACAAUACCCCUCUAUUAGAUAUGAUCUUAAAAAAACCAAUGGAGAAAGAAAAGAAAUUGGAAGUUAUUUCAUACUUAAGAGAUAUCAGCAGAUCUUUAGAAUAUACUGAACAUGAAAUAAUGAAAUUAACUGGCAUUAUCAAGAACAAUGGAUAUAUUCCCAGUGAUAAUGAAAAGUUAACUUCUCAAAUACUAUUGGUAGUCGACAAAUUAUCUAAUAUUUCCUAUUAG